GUUAUUCCCAUUGAGCUAAUUCGAUUUCUGGUUUAAUUAAUAAAUAAAUAUUCCCAUCACAAGAUCGCCCGUGCACUCGCUGAGAUCCCUCGGAUUUGUUUUCCACCGCCACCUUUCUCUCCCCUCGUCAGAGUGGCUUAUUCUCAGCCGACCGCGAUAUCCCUGCGGCGCAUUCUCUAUCACCACCUCCCGCCUAUCAACGGUUUCCAUUCACCCACGACAAGCUUUGAAUCGGGCAAGUCGGAGAAUUCGACGGAUUGAAGGGGGAAGCCGGACUCCCUUGAGUGCUGUUUGCCAGGGUCUUUUAUCGUUGAGGAACUCGGAGAAGGAAAAGAGAAGUUGAGAAUGGCUUCAUUCAUCACUACCAUCAAUGCGCGCACGCGAGCCCCCUUCAAACCGCGAUCGGCGGCCAAAGGCACCAGCAGUUAUCAGUUGAGACAAUUUGCAGAGGCAACGCUUGGUAGUGGUAGUCUUCGGAAGGCCGUGAUCCUUCCUGAAGGCGAAGAUCUGAAUGAGUGGCUUGCGGUUAAUGUCGUCGAUUUCUACAACCAGAUCAACCUUCUUUACGGGUCAAUUACAGAGUUCUGCUCGCCGCAGUCAUGUCCGGAGAUGAAAGCGACCGAUGAAUUUGAAUACCUCUGGCAGGAUUCGGAGCACUUCAAGCGGCCCACGAAGAUGUCCGCUCCAGAAUACAUCGAGCACCUGAUGAGUUGGGUCCAGGGCAAUAUUGACAACGAGCAGAUGUUCCCCAGCCGGCUGGGUGUCCCGUUUCCCAAGGCGUUCACUAGCCUCGUGCGACAGAUCUUCAAGCGGUUGUAUCGAGUGUACGCACACAUCUACUGUCACCAUUACCCGGUCGUGGUACAUCUGGGACUGGAGCCCCAUCUCAAUACGAGUUUCAAACACUACGUGUUAUUCAUCGACGAGCACCGGCUGGCCAGCGGAAAGGAUUUCUGGGGACCGUUGGGGGAUCUGGUGGAGAGCAUGUUGCGCAGCGAUUAAAGGUCGCACCGCCAGGGAAAGGCGGACGGGAAGCAUUCGAACUGCAGGCGUUGCGGUGUUGGCAUUAGUUAUUCGUGUUACUGAGAUUGAUUUGCCUGGAAGCGGGCGGGCGUUGCGACAUGCGAUGAGAGAAGGCCGCGAGGAUACCUGUAG